GAGCAGGUCGAGCAGAAACUGCAUGGGCCUACAGUAACAGUAGCUUAACGGCAACAACAACAACAACAACGCUGCCAUCUGGGACGGCAGCAAGAGUUUUGAAGAGUUUGUUCGCUUCAGUCCUAGACUCUCAUUAUUAGGUAGGAACAUAAGCUUCGUAAACAUGAGACUUCGGUCGAGAAUUGUUUCUGUUGAUAACCCGUCGCCUCAACUCAACUCGCCGAGGACUCCUUGUCGUCGUCGACCGGAUUUGAAUCGAGUUCCGCGAAUAGAGCAAAGCCGCUCUCAGGAUGUGCAGGAGGUUUUGCAGGACUGCUCCAAUUUGUACUGCAAUGCCGUCCCAACUGCAGCAAAGCGCCCACGUCUGAAACGUGGAAGGAAGAGGGCCCUACCAGUCGAGGAGUCUAAAGCAGAAUCUGAUUUCAAGACGCCAGUCCGCCAUCGCCGAGAGAGGCAUCCCUCAUCAGUCAACCCCGCUGCACGCAGCCUCUACUCUCCUGUAGUGCGUUUCCUCACUCCCACCAAAGACAAUGAGCGGUCUAGCAGUGGUGCAGUGUUCAGCCCUGAACAGUGUGUGUUUGGCUACAGUUCCACUGGCCCACUCUCAGAAGACGAGGAGAAUGAUGAAGUAUUCAGCCCAUUCACAUUCAUCAAAAACAUUCCAAACCAGUCACAACAGUACAGACCUGCCUCUGCUCUCCGGGACAUCCCACCAAAGACAAGGAGCACACCUGCAGCCACUAUGGUGCUAGAUUUGGAUGAAACACUUGUGUUCAGCUCACUUAAUGUGAUUGAAGAUGCUGAGUACACGUUUAACACAUGCUUCCAAGAUCAAGAGUACAAGGUAUAUGUGGUUCUAAGGCCACAUGUGAAUGAGUUUCUACAAGCUAUGGCAAAACAUUUUGAGAUGUUUGUUUACACCUCUGCCAAAAAAGAAUAUGCAGAAAUGAUUGUGGACAUAUUGGACCCCAAAAAAAAACUGUUCAGGCACCGUUUGUAUCAGGACGACUGUGCUUGUGUUCUCGGACACUAUAUUAAGGACUUGGGGGUGCUGGAAAGAGACCUUUCAAAGACAGUGAUUCUGGACAAUGCACCUCAUACUUUCCCAUACCAUCUAAUGAACAUGAUUCCCAUAAAGAGCUGGUCUGGAGACAAAGACGACAAAGAGCUCCAGAGGCUCGUCCCUUACCUAGAAAAACUGGUCCAAGCAGACGACUUCAGGACUGUUCUGAAGAGGAGGACAGACCAUUUUCACCGUUUGCUGUCUGAGGAUUAAAGUUCUGAGUCCUCUUUCAUGUAUAUAUGGUUUCUUUUUUGUGUAAAUAAUAAUAAUGCUAGAUGUAAAUAAUGGUGUCACCCUUUUCCCAGUAGAUGUACAUGUUUAAUCCCAGUUCACUUUUGCCUGAAGACUGAAUUAUUUUGAUUGGGUCCAGUCAUUUUUUUUCCGUUCUUUUUACUAUGCAUGCUGAAAGGGGAAUUCUGCUGACUUUCAGUUGUUAGAUAUGGCCAUACUAUGCCUUUUAAGAGAACUUCUGCAGAAAUCUUAGUCUUCUCAGUAAGUAAAAACUAAAAGAGGAGUUACCUGCAGCCAUUUCACCAAAUCACAUGACACUUCUGUGUGGUGCUUAGGAAAUAUGCCAGACAUGUAUCUGUCCAGUGUGAUUGGCUCUGGUGGUGGAUGUUUUAUUUUCUCCAUUCCAGUUGCAGAAUGGCUGAUGCGUUUUGAGCCAUACUUGAAAGUUAAAAAUUGUUGUUCCCCAUUAACCCAUUAAUGUCCAUAUCUAAAAUAUUACAUUUCUUUUGAGAACAUAAGCACAAAUCUGAAUACUUUUUCCCUUUCAAAUACUCAAACCAUGUAGCUAAAAAUCACUUAUUAAAUUGAAUCUUUUGGUCACCUGGCCAUUGAUUAUUUAACUAAACAAAAUAUGACAUUCAAAUGGAAUCUGUUAGAUGUUUAUCUAGUGUAUGACUGUACAACACUUUCCCACUUUAGACCAUUUAGCACAAGAUAUUUUUCUAUUGUAUUAUUUUGGACAUGAAUGGGUUAAGACAGUUAGAUCUGAAAUGUAGAAGUAAUGACUCAUCCAAACCACCUUCACUGAGGUUAGGUUGGUUGUAUGCUUUAAUUUGACAGUACGUAUUAGGUUAAUUUAAUGCAGAAUCCUUUGUCCUGAUACAUUUUAAUAAUUUUGAUGUAUUUAUAAUCUUAUGUUUUUUACAUGACACCUUAUGUAUAAUACAUUGUCAUAUUUGUACAUUUUGUUCAGAUACCUACUUCUAAAUUGCAUUCCUCAACUCUGCCACUUUCUCAAAUUUUUAGAAUAAAAAUAAAGUAAAUUUUG